AUGUAUAUUUAGGAUUCUGCUGCUUUAAAAAAAAUGGUUGAAACCAUUCUGGGCUAAAUCCCAGAGUCCUGUGCUUGUCAAGAGAUCAUACAAAUAAGGGCCUUCACACUAACAAGGAUGCAGUGUCUUUGUAAUCUGUUUCUGUGAGGCAAAGCUGGCUUUACCAGGAGGUGAUCAGUUGAGGAACAAUAUGAGCAACAUGCCACAAAAGAAGAACUCCAGUAGAAAUAAUAGGUGGUUCUGGGGCACAGGAGGUGCAAAAUUACUGAGAGUUCAGAAAAUCAGCAUUCUGGCAAGUAUUUUUCAGUGGAAAACUCUACAGCCAGGAAUGUCUCUUUCAUCAUAUUCCAAGACUAAAAAUUGGGAGACAAGAAGUCUAAGUGGAACCCAAAACCAUUUCUAAAGAGCUCCGCGGCUGCAGCAGCAAACUCGGCACUUUCGGAGGAGCAGCCCCAGCAGCACGACAUGGAGAAUUACCGGAAUGCCACCGAGGUUCAAAUGAGUCAGAUGGUGCAGCCCUGUCACACCAACUACCGCGGGGAGCUCAGCAUUGGGCAGCUCCUGAAAUGGAUCGACACGGCAGCCUGCCUCUCUGCAGAGAGGCAUGCUGGCUGCCCUUGCGUCACGGCUUCAGUGGAUGAUAUCUAUUUUGAGCACACAAUUAGUGUUGGGCAGGUUGUCAACAUCAAAGCAAAAGUGAACCGAGCAUUUAACUCUAGCAUGGAGGUUGGUGUACAGGUCAGCUAUGAAGAUCUGUGCAAUGGGGAGCAAUGGAGUGUGUGCAAAGCAUAUGCAACUUUUGUCGCACAAGGCAAGCCAGCCGCUAAGAUCAAGUUAAAGCCCCUGGUCCCUCAAACAGAAGAGGAGAAGAUUGAGUACAGCGUUGCUGCUGAACGCCGGCGUAUGCGACUGGCCCACACUGAUACCAUCAAAGACCUUGUAUCCAACAGCCCUAUCCAGUCUGAGCUGGAGAACAGAGAGUGCAACAUGAUAGUACCUGCAGAAAAGACCAGAGUGGAGAGUGUGGAACUCAUUUUGCCUCCACAUGCCAACCAUCAGGGGAACACAUUUGGAGGACAGAUCAUGGCCUGGAUGGAAAAUGUGGCCACAAUAGCAGCAAGCCGAUUGUGCCAAGCCCAUCCAACCCUGAAGACGAUAGAAAUGUUCCAUUUCAGAGGACCAUCUCAAGUUGGGGACCGCCUCCUGUUCAAGGCCAUUGUCAACAAUGCAUUCAAGAAUAGCAUGGAGGUUGGGGUAUGUGUAGAGGCCUAUCGACAUGAAAUGGAAGUCAGCCGAAGACAUAUAAACAGUGCCUUUAUGACCUUUGUGGUCUUGAAUGGAGAGGGUCAGCCACGCACGCUUCCAGUACUGAAACCAGAACCUGGGGAUGGAGAAAGACGGUUCAAAGAAGCUAGUGCCAGGAAAAAAAUUAGACUGGACAGAAAAUAUGUCAUUUCCUGCAAACAUACGGAAGCUCCUUUGUCUGUGCCUUGGGAUCAAAGUAAUAAGGUUUAUCUGAGUUACAACAAUGUUACUGCACUGAAGACAUUAGUAGCUAAGGCCAACUGGGUGCUUGCCUCCGAAAGAGACAAGGUCAAGAUGUACAUGCUAGAAGAGGACAAAUUCCUCUCUAUCCGAAUAGAGAUCACCAUCUGCAUCGAUGCAAUGCAGGCCUUCCUCCUGCUGUCAGACCUGCGACGCAGGCACGAGUGGGAUAAGCAUUAUGCGAGUUCUGAACUUGUCCAACAAGUUGAUAAAGAGGACAUGAUCUAUCAUGUUAUUAGCCAAACUAUGAGUGAGGAAAACAAACCUCAGGAUUUUGUUGUCCUCGUGUCACAAAGAAAACCUUGCAGCAAAGGUGACCCAUAUGUUGUAGCAUUCAGAUCAGUCACGCUGCCAACACAUCCAGCAAAGCCAGAGUAUACCCGAGGGGAGACCUUGUGUUCUGGCUUCUGUAUUUGGCAGGAAACAGAUGACAUCACCAAGGUGUCAUAUUACCACCAGGCCACUUCUGGUGUUUUGGCCUACAUCACAACUAACAUUGCUGGCCUCUCUUCAAGCUUCCAUUCCACCUUUCAAGCUUGUGAACAGUUCCUUCUGAAAAACAAAGACAAUCUCUCUGCUGCGCUUCAGAAUCUUUAACUAUACGGUUUCUGCAAAACUAGUUUUUGCAAUCUUAUCUCAUGAUGAGCAUUGCUGUAAAUACUGAAAUGACCUGUGUAAGUAUAUGAUAAAAGGAGAGGAAGGAAACUGGCAUGUUCAAAUGCAUAAAUUGCAUAGCUCUAAGUUGUGGAGGAAGUCCGUUUUUAUUGGCUUAUGAUCAGAAUAAAGAUUUCUAUGCAGGAUGAUUGAAUGAUCAGAAACUUAGUGAUCAUAUUGUGUGCACUUAUUCAGGAAGCAACUUAUGAUGAUUGUUCCUGGGUUUUGCAUGUCCUUCAUCACACUUGUGUUGGCUUCUGUUGAAGUCUUGUAUUUGAUUGACGGGAAAAUCUGAUGUAAAGGAAAACUUGAAAAAGGACUCUUUCUUGCUAUGUCUAGAACUCUAGGUGGGAGAACACUAGUAGGGAGUAAACCUUUGAACUGAAUGUCACUAAAAAAAAACUACAGAAAAUGACUUCAUAUAGAAGCAGUGGAAGUGAAACUUUUUUUAAAGUGCCUUUAACCAAGGGUAUUAAGGUUCACAAGAAUUCAGAAUGAAAAUUCAUUGGAAUUGUUAUUUAUUGGAAGAAUCUACAAAAUAAUAUUUGGAUUGGUGGAGGGCAUUCCUGGCAUUAAUUAACUACCUUAUUUCACUGUACAUUACACAAAUGCAGCUCACUGUUAAAUCAUGUCACAUGUAAUAAUUUUUUAAACCAUUCUUCAAUAUUAAUGUCUUCCUUAACCUUUUUUGAAUGUUGAAAGGUUUUUUGAUCAGUCUAAGCCUGAGGAGAUGAGAUUAUUUUGCUGCAGAGGGACAGCUCCAUAUUUGGGGCAGGGGAAGGAGAAUCUUUCCUCUCUUUUGAUCCAUAGACAGUCAUGCACUGAGUACCUCAUCUUUCAUUUUUACUGUGUAUUUUCUCUUACCCUUUUACACAAAGUUUGCCAGUUCUGGAUUCUAAUCUUUUAUUGUUUGUCAGAGCUGUGGGAGUUUAUUGAAAGAAAUAACAAUAAAAACAUAUUAAAAAUUAAAA